UCUUACCCACACGUCCCUCUCCAGACGCGCGGCCCCCACUCGUGCAUCACACCAGCACCCAUAGUCAUCUAAACCCACCCCACUGUCGCGUCUACAGGCCCCCACAGCUUCGUAGAACCAACGUACUAGCGUCCACAGCCGUCUGAAUUCACCCACAGUGGUGCCCACAGCCGACCACAGUCAGGGCACAGCACCCAUGGAUGGCCUGACACACAUCACCAAAUCAGUGGCCCUGGGAAUGUACUUUUUGUAGCCAUAAUCCGUUGUAUUGACCAGUUCUAACACUACCUGUGUAGUGUGGUGGCACCUGUGUAGUGUGGUGGCACCUGUGUAGUGUAGUGGCACCUGUGUAGUGUAGUGAUACCUGUGUAAUAAUGUUCCUAUUUUCUGUGAUGGUGCAAUAAUUAGUUGAGUUUGGGAUGAACGAGUGAGGGGGGUGACUAUCGUAACUUGUAUUAAAUUUACAUGAAGUGCUAGACCUCUACGGAUCACAGAGUGCUAGUUAAGGCUUGAUCCUCCGUCUCAUAAAAGCGAGAGAGACGCUGGUCUCCCAGCAAGGCUUACUACAGCUGCCGAACUAGCAAGAUGGUGUUUUACGAACGAAAGGGCAGGAUAUGUAGUGUUCGUGUAGGUAUGAGUUCGGUGCCCGGGGUGAGCCACGCCCACACCGAGGCCGCCCACGCCCACGCCACCCACGUUCCCCCACGCCACUUCCCUCCCUACAACUGUCUAGUGGAGAUGGAGUUGGGGGAGGGAUUGACUGGGCGGCUGCUAGACACCCAUAACCUGCUCUUCGGAGACGGGUUCUCCGACUCUCUGUCGUCACGUGUCGUGGGCGUUGACGGUAACAGUGCCUAUCGUCCCUGGGAAGCCGACCACCCUGGCGACCACCGCCCUACCGACCACCGUCUUGCCGACCACCGCCUCCACCCGCUGGCGGCGUCUUCGGCCCCUAUCCAGGUGCUGACUCACACCCCCGCCGCUUCCAGCGGCCAGAUGUCGCAUUACGCCCACACCAUCCCGACGUACAGCGACUCCUUUUCCACGGGGCACCAUGUGGCACCCCAGCACCCAGUGCCACACAAACUGCCGCCCUUCGCUGCCUUCAGCCCCGAGAGAAGUGUGGGCAGCACCACACCCUCUCCGCUACCUUCCUUCAAUACCCUGCCAUCUCCGCAUGCCCGCUACCCCUUGGUACCGGCGCCAGUGCAGGCGCGGGAGAUACCAACCAUCCAGCAACAGAUGAUGGAUGAGCGGCACAUCCGCAUGUUCGAAUCCCCGCAGGGAAGCGAUCCUGCGCCCUCAUCCACCACCCCAGCGCAAGUCUCCCCCAACACACAGCCUCCUGCUGGCUCCAGCGGUAGCAGCUGCAGCAGCGGUAGCACUAGUAGUACUAACAGUAACAAUAACAACAGCCACCAACAACAGCAGCAACAGCAACAACAGACAUUUGAGGGCAGUUCGUCUCAGCUAAGAGUCGACGGCCCAGUUCGCGUCGGAGUCAAGCGGGCGGGACGCGCGGGUUCGCUAGAGAGUUCGGAGAGUGACGCUUCUGUCUCCGGCACGGAGAACAGCGGCCAGGUUUCCAGCGUAUCCUCCACGGCCGUCAGCAACACCGACAACACCAACACUACUUCCGGUAUGAACUCCUCCACCGCCCCCUGCUCCGAGGGGGGUUUUCGACCCCCGCCUCCCCAACAGCCGCCCCCUCCGCAGGAUGACCCGCCGGAGAAACCGGUGAAGAAAAAGCGGAAACGUUGCGGUGACUGCGUCGGGUGCCAGCGCAAGGACAACUGCGGGGACUGCGCUCCAUGCAGGAACGACAAGUCGCACCAGAUCUGUAAGAUGAGGCGCUGCGACAAGCUUACAGAGAAGAGGACUCCUCGCGGCGAGAAGAUGGAACGCCGUCAGUCAGGGAUGGGCGCCAUGAUGCCCUUCUUCCCAGGGCCAGGGAUGGGGGAACAGCCGGCCCUUCCACCUCCAGAGAUCCCGCCCUUCCCCCACAUGCGGGAGCGCUUCCCCAACGCUGUAUGGGGCGGCGACGCGCCGCAAGGGCAGUGGCCGCCGCCCUUCCACCCUCCCGCCCUUGGCCACCCACCCAUGGGCCACCCACCGCCCCCGCCGCCACCACACCAGUUCAAUCAGUUCGAACCUCGGCAACCUAUGUUUAACUUCCCCGGGGGGCCCAGUGGUGCGCCAGCGCCCCCGGUGCCAAGUGUCUCCCAGUACAACAAUCAGUUCAACGGACAGUUUAACACGGGAGGUGACAAUGGUAACGGCGGGUACGUUCCCCAGGGGCAUUUCUCCCCGCAGACAUCGCAAACCUCCGUCCCUGCCUUCAGCAACGGGCCCCCUAACGGCUUCCUCAACCAAAAUCAGGGAAACGGAGUAGUGGGGGGUUCGUCUCCCCAUCACCACCGAUACCCAGGCUCUAAUGACUUCCAUCAACAACAGCAACAACAGCAGCAGCAGCAACAGCAGCAGCAACAACAGCAACAGCAGCAACAAGGUGGUAUGUUCAAGUCUCCAAUGCCCUCCCCAGCGGUGUCAGCCCCUGAAGCCUCGCCUGUCACGGGAGGCUUCACCAUGACAACUUUACCAUCUCCUCACGCCUCCGAACACCCAAACGAGAAGCCUGGGUACCCGCCUCCCCCCACGCAGAAUUUACUCGGCUCUAGAGUGUCUGCGGGCGGGUACUCGGGUCAAGCCUUGGAGGGGGGUGCGGGAGUGCCCCAAGGCAGCCCGCACGGCUCCGUAAGCGUCCAGAGUCGACUCAAAAACAUGAUAAUGUCUCGGCAAGGUGGGAGCUAUCCUGGUGGUAGUGUGGACUCUCCGCCCCUAGGAGAGGUUCACUUUUCGGGCCACGUGGCCGCUGUCACUAGUGUGGCGAACGCGGAGCCCGGGCACAUGCAUGAGUCACUCAAAAUGGCCCAGAAUUUUUUAGCCUAUAGGACUACAGAGUCUGGCCCGGGCUCUGUAGUCCACGCUAACAGUACUGAUGUGAAGGGCGGCGCUGAGACCACGAAGGUCCGCGCCAACAACACCACCAGAUGUUCGCCCCCGUUGCAGGGGGUAUCCCCGCGAGCCACACUAAUAGGAGCAUCGCCGCGAGCCACACUAACAGGAGCAUCGCCGCGAGCCACACUAACAGGAGCAUCACCGCGAGCUACGCUAACUGGGGCAUCGCCGCGAGCCACGCUUAUCGCGACAUCGCCGCGAGCUGCACUAACUGGGGCAUCGCCGCGAGCCACGCUAACCGCGACAUUGCCGCGAGUUAUGCUUCCAGGAGCAUCACCGCAAGCCACGCUCCCUGGGGCAUCACCGCAAGCCACGCUCCCUGGGGCAUCACCGCAAGCCACGCUCCCUGGGGCAUCACCGCAAGCCACGCUCCCUGGGGCAUCACCGCAGGCCACGCUCCCUGGGGCAUCACCGCAAGCCACGCUCCCUGGGGCAUCACCGCAAGCCACGCUCCCUGGGGCAUCACCGCAAGCCACGCUCCCUGGGGCAUCACCGCAAGCCACGCUCCCUGGGGCAUCACCGCAAGCACCGCUACCAUCGUCAUCGGCGCAGGGAACAUUCGCCAACACGCAGCCACAAGCACCAGAAACUUCGAGCGAGACUAUUAAGAUUAAAGAAGAAAAAGAAGAAAUCCAAACGAAAAGUGAGCUUGAAUUUAAUAAAGAUGUGGAAAUAAAACAGGAACAGGGAGACCCAUCAAUUAGCAUGGCGCCUAAACCGCCAGACCGACCAGACCUAAACUCACCAGCAGAUCAACUGGAUGUCAAACCAUCAUUUGAGCAGUUGGACCAAAAGCCGCCACUGGACCAGCUGGACCAAAAGCCAUCAUUGGCCCAGCUGGACCAAAAGCAGCAAGCGGAACAGCUGGAUCGAAAAUCGGUGAGAGAGGAUCUGGUCUCACAGCCAGCAAGAGAACAUAACACCAAGUCAACAGUGGAACACCUGGAGCACAAGCCAAGAUUGACUGUUCGUCAGGAUCCUGGCUGGAAACUCUCCGUGUAUGACUUUCCUGACAGUCCGGAUUCAGGUCAUAACCGCCAGGAUUUUCGGUUUGGCAGGGUCAGGGGGACAGGACCGUGCAUGUCGCGGCCUGUGUGUGCUAAUGUGGCUGGAUUUUGCCAGCCACUUCGCCAGCCCACCCCCGUGGGCCCACGGCUGCCCCCACCUUCAACAACUGAGGGACAGACCCGGCCCCCGGGGGCCCCUGCCUCUGCCUACCAGCCUCAACAAUCAGUUCCUGAAUACACCUCCAACACGACCACUACCAUCACCAAUUCUAACACUACCUCUUCGCCAGUCGUAGUGACCACCUCUACCAGUCAAAGUACACCUCAUCGGCAUCAACUGGUUCAACAGCAUGCAACCGCAUGUCAAACCAGUGUUCAACAGUGUGUUGAACAAACUACUGUUCACCAGGCUGGAAGGCAACGCGGUAAACAGAUUGUUACUACCAGUCAACCUGGUACUCGACAGGUCGAUACUAGUACACAGAUGAGGUACGACACACUACAGCAACACCACACUCAACACCAAUUGCACCAGCAUCAUCAACAACAUCUGCAACAUAAACAUGCAGAAAAUAUGCAGAAGCAUCUACAAGAGCAACAUCAUCAGCAUGUACACCAGCCACAGCGACCGCAACAUCAGUCUAUACACGAACAGCAACAACAUCAACUAAAGCAACAUCAUCUGCAGCAGCAACAUCUACAACAGCAGCAUCAACAUCUACAACAACAGCAGCAGCAUAUGAUGCAACACCAACAGCAGCAGCAUAUGAUGCAACAGCAGCAGCAUAUGAUGCAACAACAGCAGCAGCAGCAUAUGAUGCAGCAGCAAGAACAGCAACAACACCAGGAACAGCAGCAGCAGCAAAGACAGCAGCUGCAGCAGCAGCGGCAACAGAAAUUACAAGAGCAACAGGUGAAACAAGAACCGGUGACAGAAGUAGACGAGUCUCGAGGUUCUUCGUCCAGCCCAACAUCAGAGCUGGCGGAAAUGGAAGCUCGCAGAAUGAGACUUCGUCAGAACGAGUUGGACAUUCCUCGAUGUUCCUGCGCCGUUCCUCCUGGUAACCCAGACCCUGGUCCUAUCUACAGACAUUUGGGAGCUGCGUCUACCCUUUCAGAACUAAGAAGCAUGUUAGAGAAGCAAACAGGACAUUCAGGAGCAGCUGUAAGAAUUGAGAAAGUUAUUUACACUGGAAAAGAAGGAAAAACAGAAGCUGGCUGCCCAUUAGCAAAAUGGAUCAUACGUCGAAGUGGACCAGACGAGAAGGCACUUGCUGUAGUGAAGCACCGGGUGAAGCAUACAUGCUCUUCAACUUGGAUUGUGAUUGCUCUUGUAGCCUGGGAAGGAGUUCCCAUACCAGUUGCUGAUGACUUGUACUCCAUGCUCGUUUAUAAGCUCAACAAAUUUGGAACUCCUACAGAAAGAAGAUGCGGCGUUAAUGAUGAGCGCACUUGUAUCUGUCAAGGAUUAGACCAAGAAACGUGUGGAGCCUCGUUCAGUUUUGGCUGCUCAUGGUCUAUGUACUAUAAUAUGUGUAAAUACGCCCGCAGUAAAACUGCUAGGAAGUUCAGACUUACAGAUGAACAGGAGGAGUGUGAGGUAGAACAGAAGUUACAGAACUUAGCCACUCUUUUAGCCCCUGUAUAUAAGCAGUAUGCCCCAGAAGCUUAUAAAAAUCAGACAGCUUUUGAAAGCGACAGUUUGGAGUGUCGCCUCGGGUACAAUGGUGGACGCCCAUGGGCUGGAGUGACAGCAUGUGCAGAUUUUUGUGCCCAUGCUCAUAAGGAUAAUCACAACAUGAACAAUGGCUGCACUGUUGUUGCUACCUUAACUAAGCAUCGAGGAUUUAGUAAACCAGAUGAUGAGCAGCUCCAUGUCUUACCUUUGUACAUAAUAGACCCCGUUGAUGAGGCUGGAUCUUAUACAAGUUAUCAUCGUAAAGUCCAGUCAGGUGCUCUCGAGGUGCUCGCCAAAUAUCCCUGUGAAAUUCGUCUACGAACCGAGCCACUUCUCUCUUGUCGUGCAAGAAACCUUCUUGCAAGGGGUUUGCCUCUCCCAAAGCGAUUAAGGGGUAGAGGAAGAGGAAAAGCAAGAGGUUUAGGCAUUGGGCGAGGAAGAGGAAUGGAUGGAAUGAACAGCCCCAUAAUACAAAGUGUAGACUUCGGUGAUUCACUUGGGGUCGACCUAGACUUUAUGCUAAAUGGUAUCGACUUUAGUGAUCCAAACGAUGUGCUGAGCAAUUAUGGACUCGACGGUUCUGAUUAUAGUUGGUUGUUAAAUGUUGGACCAGAUAAUGAUUUUGGACUUUCUUGUGAUUUAGACCAGAUAAUUUCAUGUAAAGAUGAUAGUACAAGCAGUGAUGAUGUAGCAUCUUCCAAUCAACCAUUAGCUGACAUUAAUCACCAUGAUAGUGUGAAAGGUCCUGAGGGUCUGGCAGCCCCAGAAGGUCAAUUAAGCCAAAGACAGAAAGCUCCUGGCCAGGCUUCAGCAUUUACCGAAACUCACUCGGUCUCAGGUGACCCUCCUACUAGUCAUAUAGGAAGCUCACCCAAAGCAGUAGUUGGCCCUGGUGCCUCCCCUACAGUACAAGGUAGUCCUCACUACUCUCAUUCUAUGCCUCCUCCCCAAUCUCCGGCUCCUAAGAGACCGUACUCCCCACAGUGUUUUAAUUCUCCUCUUUCCUCUUGCUCUAAUACACCUUUACCUCCACAAUCUAUGAGUCCAAGUGUGUCUCCUCUCCCUUCUCCAGCCAUUCCUUCAGUUCUUCAUUCAUCCAGUCCUUGUCCUUCUCCUCUAGGUUCACCCACUACAAGAUCCAUCACUCCAUCAAAUCUUCCAUCAUCAUCUAGUCCAUGUUCAUCUCCCCUUCCAUCGCCACAUCUUAAAUCCUUCACACCACCACAUCCUCCACAUUCAUCAAGUCCUUGCUCAUCUCCAGUUCCCUCCUCCACUACAGAAUCAGCAACUCAGUCACAGUUCACUCAGUCACCUCAUAGCUGUCAGUCAUUGAUUGCUUCUCCUGUAGGAUUGUCUACAGGGGUUGCAACUCCACAUCAGUCACCUUUCGGGCAAGCUUGUUCUGUCAGUACUCCACUCACUCCUGUGUCAUCUCCAAACCCCCAUGGCCAAGGGGCUGCCAACCCCCAGCUUUCUCACACAUUUAAUAGUCAACAGCAACAAUGUACAAAUACAAUAGAAAAUCAAUGCCACAAUUAUAAUAAGACUCAAAAUGAACAGUAUCCCCAUUCCUUUCAACUUCCACAAAAUACUCCCUCCGCUGCAUGCAGUUUGUCACAUGUGAUGCAAAAUGGUGUUGAUCCAGCUCUGCAAAUGCACUAUAGAAGUACAAAUCAAUUUAGUAGGGGACCAAAUAUGCAAGAAGUAAUGCCUUUCCAUCAAGACAGGCUAUACAAUAACCCUUUUUCCAAUUUAACCAGUGAUGAAAACCCCAGUAGAAAUGAUCAACAGUGUAAUAAACUAAAAGAACCAGAAACUGUAAUCAAACAGAGUGACAAUGUAGAGAAUUUCCACGAUCCAGAUAUCGGAGGUGUAGCUAUUGCUCUGACCCAUGGUUCGGUGCUAUUUGAAUGUGCCAAACAUGAACUGCAUGCCACAACUGCACUCAAGAACCCAAAUAGACGUGAUCCAAAGAGAAUUAGUCUCGUGUUUUAUCAGCACAAGAACCUAAUUUACAGAAACCAUGGAUGGGCGAGGUUUGAGGAAAAGAUGGAAAAGAAAAGAAGUGAAGAAGAAAGAUUAAUCAAAGAGGGGAAGCUAAAACCUUCUCCACGAAAAAAGAAGAAAAUGAUGAAAGAAGGUUUCGUGUUUCCAGACGAAUGUAACACAGUGCUAGAGUCUGAUGCGCAGAAAAUGAACAGUGUACCCCAAAUAAAGGAGGAGCCAAAGUUAAGUCCUGUGUCAAAUGAAGGACAUAGUGUGGGGAGUAGAGUUGGGCAUCCAGAAGGUCAUCCAAUUGAUGUAAAAUCAGUAACCAUUUGCCCACCUUCAGAUAUAAGGCUUCCUAACCAUCCAGAUCUGAAAUCUCCUCCAGUAAGUUAUGCCAACUAUCAUAAACCUCUUCCAUCUGUCAUGGAAAACUGUAGAGCUUUCAGUCCUCACAAAUUUGGUGUUUCUCAUGCCCCAACAUAUUCCAUAGCUUCUCAUCCCCCUCAUGUAAUUACUUCCUCAUCACCAACCUUAAGUUUACAACUUCAAAAACCUCAUCCAUCUUCAGACCACAAUUACACAGGGACUCUCAAUCUGCAUGGGAACCAUCAGGGCGAACAUCGGCGCCCACCCUUUAACAUAUCCCUGCAAGAAUUCAAUCCCUACAGUUGUGCACCUAACCAAGGUCCAGAUUCAUACCAGCCUUUUUGCCAUCAGCAGCAUCGCAAUUUUCAUAAUCAGUAUCCUCAUCAAAAUAGCUCUGUCAACAGUGGUGUUCCAGUUUCAAAUUCUCAAAAUGCGUCAAAUCUUCCUCUCAAUCCCAUGAGUAGUCCUAUUCAUAAUUCAAUGCAGAGUCCUCAUGGAAAUACUGUACAUAGCCCAUAUGGCACACCAAUGAAUAGUCCACAUGUAAAUUCCUUGCAGAGUCCUCAUGGUAAUCCAAUGCAUAGCCCUCUUGGUAAUCCAAUGCAUAGUCCUCAUGGAAAUCCAGUUCAGAGUCCUCACAAUAACUCUAUGCUAAGUCCACAUCAUCUCAAUUCACCCAUGCUUAGUCCCCAUACAAACCCUCAUAACACACCCAUGUCAAGCCCUCAUGCAAAUUCCCACAGUACUCCUAUGCCAAGCCCCCAUUCAAAUCCUCACAAUACACCCAUGCCAAGUCCUCAUACCAAUUCUCACAAUACUCCAAUGCAAAGUCCAUACUCAAAUCCUCUUAAUACGCCCAUGCCAAGUCCCCAUAAUACACCUAUGCCAAGUCCACAUGCCAAUCAUCACCCAUCAUCCAUGACAAGCCCUCACAGUGCAUCCAUGCUAGGCCAAAGUCAAGGGUAUUCUAACCAGGCUUCCCAACCUUCUUAUGGUUUAACACCUCCAUAUAGCCCAGGUCCACAUGGUUCCAUACCGCAAGGAACACCCUUCCCCAAUUUCAGCAAUGUUAAUAGUUAUAGCCCCAUGGCACCACGGACACCUUCUGCCCACCCAACCUCCACUUGGUCAGAGAUGAGAUAUGCUCCGACUUUCAGAGUGACAGGACCGUACAGUGACUGGCCAGGAAGCUAAGAGUGUGGUCCCAAAACUCCUGUAUCUUGUUAUUCUCAAUUCUUGCUGUUACUAUGUUACUUCUCAAAUGCUGUGUAAUUUUAGUGUUUGGCUGUGAGCUGGCUAUAUUAGCUCAAAAUGUGGUAGCUGCGGUGUAACUGGUCACAAAGAGUGAAAACUUACUUUCUGUUCAGAUAUAGCACUAGUCGAUAUUUAUUUAUUGCGACUGAAGUAAAUGACAGUUGUUCUUUGGAGAGAUACUAUGACUGUACAGUAUGUAACCUUUUGCCAUAUCACAAGCCAUUACUUGUGUAAUGAUCUCAUCUGAGUGAAAGAUGUCUUUGUAGAACUUUUGGUGACAAUUCUCAUUGAUGAAUCAGUUGUAUAGUUAUAAGGUAGUCUUACCACAAGUGUUGCUUCUUAGAUGGCUUAUUUAUCAUUUUCCUUGUAAAUAGUACGCAGAUUGUUUAGUUUUUUAAUCUAAGGAUUUCCAUAGUUCUGAUAAUUGAAUUUUGAGGAAAUACAAAGAUGUUUAAAAUUUAAAAAUGUUGAACCUGACAUUAACAGACAUGAGGAUGUCUGCAUAUUUCUGGUGAUGUUUAAUACUCAGAAGUGUUCUCUGAAUGGUGUGGGGAAUAAUCAGAAUAUUGCUCAAAUAUUCUCCAUUGACAUUUGAUUUAUUUUAUUUUCUGUUUGGAAAUGCAUCACUUUAAGCCAAGAUGAUUACUAGUCUAUGCAAGGCAUUUUUAAGAAAUUUAGCCAUGUACUUUAUUUUACUUAGGAUAAUUACUAACGUAUUUUUGGCCAAAAGGAAGGCCUUGAUGAUGUUAUUGUUUUAAGGACUUGAUCACCAAGUACAUACAAAGUACACCCAUUCAGAUUCUCACAUCUAAUCUCAAAAACCAUAAUGAGCAGUUGUGAACACAUCUCCCCCGCCCAAAGUUACAGUAUGAGAAGAGCAGUUGAGGCUCCCGUACAUCAUGGUCUCUUGCACAUUAUUAAUACGAGUCACUCUUAUAUACGCAUUGUCAUAAAUGUGUGUAUAAAUUGGUUAAUGCACUAGCAAACAGUGGUGAGAAGAGCAUGCUGUAUUUGGGCCUUUACCAAGCAACAUUCUAGACUAAGUUGCCAGUGGGCAUAAUUUGAAUGAAACCCUCCAUGUGAGUGUAGCCAAGACGUGGAGUCCUCCAGCGAUAGAGUGGAGUUUAUCCGAGGCUUUUCUCUAGGUACUUCAUUUGUGGCAUUAUUGUUAGAUUUUCUCAAGCAAAUUUCUGAAGGACUUUCAUGGGUUUAGCAUUUUCUUUUUGGAAAUAUAAACUGAUCAAAUAUAUGGUAUGGUAUAUUGCAUUUAUGAUUUCUAUUUUUAUAUACAGUCUAAAAAAAGUUAUUGGGAGCUGUGUUUCCUGAAUGACCCUUGGAUGUUGGUGCAACAUACGUGGUUAUGUUUCUGCAGUUGUUUCCUCACAGGACUAGUGCUGGAGUCUUCACUUGGCUACACUUGCCUCUGUCGCCUUACUAUCGCCAUCUCUUGUACAAAUAACUUUUGUGCAAUCUCCUCCUUCCUUUACUUUUCCUAUUGAUUAUUCUUGACAAUUGAGGUGCACUAGUUCAUAAACACCCUAUAGAAAUAAAAAAAAAAUGCUGUAAUUUUUGGAUAUUACCCCUGUGCUACAUGCGAAAGGAUAAUGAAAAAAAUAAGCUCGAGAAUCUUUUUGUAUUUUUACAUGCAUUUUGAUACUUUUAUUGAAGGCAAAAGUGAAGUAUUAUUUCGUAGCAGAACCUUUGAGGCGGGAUGUAGAGAGGGGUUGGGGUGGACCCACUGGAAUGAGCUCUGUUGAGGACGUUGUAUAUUCAUCCUACUACGUUUAAAAGUGGCAUUGUGAUCUAUAGGUUGACUAGAAUGUUUUCGUCUGAGCAUUUCACUGUGGUAUUUUGAUGUCCAAAAAUGUAUAAAAGAUGUCCAAAAGCAGUGAAAAAGUGAAGAAAAAUCAUUAUAUAUUUGACAGGGGUAGCAACUGUGAGAUGUCUUUAUAAUGUUUAUAGAACUCAUCGAGAUAUUACAUUUCACCUGAAGUUGCACAUCUGGUCAUACAUACAUUGCCACUGUUGCCUUCCUUCCUGGUGCCCUAAUGUAGUAAGUAAUUAAACGCUUGAUUGUUGGAUAAGUCGUGAUGCUGGAUUAUAAAGUACAAAUUAAAUACCACCCUCAGUCUUAAGUUAUAGUGGCACUCCUCUUUACACCCCGCAGGCUUAGUUGAGAUAUCUUUAAAUCUUUCUGUCUCUUUCCUGUUUGAAGAACCUCUAUCCGUUUUCUGUCUUGGAACCUAGUCAUGUGUCUGUUGCAGAGACCCCAUUAUGUGACUCACGACUCAUCCCAUUGCCUUAGGUCAGAUGUAUUUUUGUGACAUUAGAAUGAGUAUUCUCUAUGCAUAUAUGUGGUGUAUUUAAUUUACAAAUUAUGCUGCACAUGCAAUAUGUGACUGAAGGAUGUAACUUAAAGCAAACUAUGGUCUUGAAUAUAUCUUUUAUGGAUGUAUGGGAUAUUGAUCUCCAGAAUAAGUAGAAACAAAUGAUACUUAUUUGCAUUAUGUUCCAAAUGGUAGGUGACCCCAUGUUAUACAGAGAUUGUUAUGCUCCCUACUCUAUUGUCACAGAAACACACUAUGUACUAAUUAAGAUAUUUCAGUUUCUACUGUUUUACAUUUAAGGGUUUCUGUGAUGAGGCUGACUGUCUUAUUUAACCUUAUCUAGUUCCUCGACUCUCACUCUGAUACACCCUUAUCUGACCAUAGACAACAAAGUUGGAACUUGAAUUCAAGGCAAAGAGUUACGAAAUGAUGAUGGCAGUGUUAUUGAAUAGUUGAUAAAGUCUCAUGCUUGUACAUACUUUAUCUUUAAGGUAGCCAACAGUUAUUAUUGUGAGGGAGUGAACAAUGAUGAGUCUUGUGAAGGGUUACCAUGAGGCUUAGUUUUCUAUUUAGUAACACAGGGGAAAUGGCUCUUUAUGGUAGCCCUCGGCAAGGUUCAUGAUGUUGAUUGCAUCACUAUUACGAAUAAUGAUUAUAAUCAAUGUGCCGAUAGAUAUGCUCUUUUUCCCUUUGCUGAUAAUUAUGUUCUGUUUAGAUGCAAUAAUAUAUAAAAUUGUUUGUGCAGUUUGUCAGACACUCCGCUGUUCGUUUCUACCAUAUUGCGGUAGUCCACAAUAGCAAAGAACUUUGUGAGAAUUUCAGAUUCGGUGCUCUCCUAAGGACGCCUUAGCACAGAUAAUGUUAUUCAUACAGAAUUCUUGUAGCACAUGUGACAAUUAUGAAAACCUUGAACCUUAAAUAAGUUUCAGUGAAACUUAUAUUCUUUCUAUUAUGAAUAGAAAAAUAAGUUUUACUGCAAUUAAAACUAGGUUCAAAUAUUAGGAUUUGUCACGCGUUUGUGGACCAGCCCUGUACAAUAGUCCCGCAGGCCCCCCACAUUGUGGCCUGUGGACCCCCACCAGGUACCCCCCCCCAAAUGGACUGUGGCUAAGAGGCUGGUCAUGGACAGGUACUGGCAAGGUAAUGGUAUGGAGGAUAUGGUACCAGCAGUCAUGAGUGCCUCGCAGCCUUUGAUCUGAGUGUCCCUUAGAGGCAAGUUUGACAGUUUCAGAGACUUGCAAUUUAGCAGAUUUUCUGUAGAUAUCGUGGAGUUCUAGCAAUAUUGCAAAUUGCUGAAACUGUUUGAAACUACCUUGAACCACAUACAGAAUGUUUUCUUGUUGACUGUUGCAUGUUAUUGUGCCAACAUUUUGGGUCUCUCCUCUGAGUUACCAGAUAAUCAAAGUUGCCAGAUGCCUAUAGAUUUUUACUCUAUUUAAACAACCAGACUGUUAUUCAUAGCUUAAAAAUCUAUAAUUUAAAGCGAAUCUCACCGAGGACCCAAGUCUCAUUCAGGCAGGCUGUGGGGCAUUGGUGGCUGCGAUAGAGUUAGUAUACUAGAGUAGAUCAAGUGUAGAUGGAACAUGUAUCAAUAAUUAUGCUGUCUAUGUUCUCAUCCUCAAUAAAUGAUCAAAACAA